AUGAAUAAAAUUGUGAUAUCUCUUUUGACUAAGAGAACUUUUUCCUCUAGUAAUGUUCUGAAAAGAAUAAUUAACAUAACAAACAAUGAUGAGUUCCUUGCAAAAGUUAUGCAUUCAAGUAACCCAGUUAUAGUUAAUUUUCAUGCUGAGUGGUGUGAACCGUGCCAUAUUUUGACACCAAAGAUGAAAGAAUUGAUUGAACCUAAAACUAAUAUAGAUUUAGCUAUAGUAGAUGUAGAGCACAAUGCUGAAUUGGUAGAUACUUUUGAAGUAAAGGCUGUGCCCGCUGUAAUUGCUGUCAGAGAUGGGAUUGUGGUUGAUAAGUUUAUUGGUCUAGUAGAUGCAAAUAUGAUAGAAACUUUGAUAGAAAAACUGGACCAGAAGUCAUGAUACACAUUUUGUUGUUGUUAAUAAUUAUUUUAAGUAAAACUUUGAAAUGAA